AUGGCUUUCGGACAAAACUCGCGAGGCGGCGGUGGUAAUCGUGGUCGUGGAGGUUUCAGAGGAGGUCGAGGAGGUGGUGGUGGUGGUGGCGGCGGACGAGGCCGUGGUGGUAGUGUAGGUUUUGGUAAUCGUGGAGGUAAUCGUGGUGGUAGUCGAGGUUUUAGCAAUCGUGGAGGUAGUCGUGGUGGCAGUCGAGGUAGUAAAUUUGGUGGUGGACAAGAUCGAGGACGAGGCGGUGGAAGAUUUUCAGAAACUAAACGUGAAUUCAUGACUGAUAGUGUUUAUGUUGGUCAAUUACCUGCUGAAAUUCAAGAAAGUGAUUUAAAAAAACUUUUUCCAAAAGCAAAAAAUGUACACCUUGCACCAGCUGAAGGAACUCGGCCUGGUCAUGCUUUUCUUACAUUUCCCGAUGAUUCCUCAGCAGCAGCAGCUGUUAAACAAGGUGCUACAUUUAAAACUACACAACUUAAAGUAGCUUUUCAAAAUAAACGUGCCGAACCACAAAAACGAUCAUUUGAUGCAGAUGAUCAAUCAGGUCCUAAAUCAAAAAAACUAAAAAGUGAUGCAUCUCCUGCUAAAGGAUCAGCAAAUAAAAAUGGUGUAAAAGCUCAAAGUAAAAAAGCAGCUGCUUCUGAUGAUGAUGAGGAUGAAGACGAAGAUGAUGAAGAUGAAUCCAUGGUUUUUGAAGAUGAUGAUGAAGACGAUGACGAUGACGAUGAUGAUGAAGAUGAAGAAGAUGAAAAAAAUUUAAAAAAAACAGUUGCAAAAAUGGUUUCUGGAGGAAAAUCAGAUAAAGCUGCAGCAAAACCAUCAGCUGGCAAAAAUGUUGAAGAAGAUGAAGAUGAUGAUGAUGACGAUGAUGAUGAUGAUGAUGAUGAUGACGACGACGAUGAUGAUGAUGACGAUGAUGAUGAUGAUGAUGAUGAUGAUGAAGAAGAAGAAGAAGAAAAAUCAUCUAAAAAAACUCCACCUACAUCAGCCAAACAAGCAACACCAAUUCCUGUUCAAAAUAAGAACAAAGGCAAAGCAGAAUUAACUAAACCAGGUGUUAUCGAUAAUUCAGCUCAAAAAAAAAACAAGCCUACUGAUCAAACAGUUUCAAGUAAAGCAACAUCAGCUGAAACUCAAAAACGUACAAUUGAUGCUGUUGAUAAAUCAGGUCCUCAAGCAAAAAAAGCAAAGAAUGAAGCUCCAGUCACUGGUAAAAAUGUUCCUGCAGGAAAUAAAAAUGGUUUGAAAGGCAAAGGAAAAAAACAAGAGGAUGAUGACGAGGAUGAUGAUGACGACGAUGAAGAUGAUGAUGAACUCGAUUUCGAUGAAGAUGAUGAUGACGAUGACGACGAUGAUGAUGAAGAAGAAGAAGAGACACUUAAAAAACCUGUUGGAAAACCACUUGCAACUGGAAAACAAGCUAAACCUGCUGCCAAGCCAUCGGCUGCUGAAGACGAUGAUGAAUCCGAUGAUGAUGACGAUGACGAAGAUGAUGAUGACGACGACGAUGAUGAUGAUGAAGAUGAAGAAGACCAAAAACCUACAAAAACGACAACCAAACCCAUUCCGGUUUCGAAACAAACUAAACCUGCUGCCAAACCAUCGGCUGUUGAAGAUGACGAAGAUGAUGACGAUGACGACGACGAUGAUGAAGACGAAGAUGAAGACGACGAGGAUGAUGAUGAUGAUGAAGAAUCUAAACCUACAGCACCACUUAAAUCUGCUUUAAAACAAACAUCAUCAACUUCAACUCCAUCAAAACAAAAAACAUCGUCGACUCCGACUAAAUCAGAAACUAAACCGGCACAAAAAACAAAACAAGAAACAUCACCAGCAAAUGCUAAUAAAUCACUUAAUAAAACACAAUUAUUUAUUAAUUCAAUAAAAGAAAGUGUUAGUGUAUCUGAAAUGAAAGAACUUUAUCCAAAAGCAACAUCAGUUAAAAUGCAAAAACGUAAAGUUGGUCCAAAUCAUAAAGCUAUUCAAUUUGCUUUUGUUUCAUUUGCAAAUGAAGCUGAUUGUGCUGCAGCAUUAAGUGCUCAUACACAAAUUGGUGGUGAAAAAGUAAAUGUUUCCUAUGCAUUUGCACAAGGAGGUAAACAACAAGCAAAGACAAAUAAUGAAUCAAAUAAAAAACAAGAACAACAAGCAACUAAUGCAAAUAAUAAACAAGAAAAAAAUCAGAAAAAACAAACACCAUCAAAUGAAAAAACAAAUAAAAAAGAAAAAACUAAAAGUGAAAAGCAACUUUCAACAAAUGCAAUCUAUGUUGGUCAAUUACCAGAACAUGUUGUCGAAGAUGAUAUAAAAAAUCUCUUUCCAAAAGCAAACAAAAUAGAAUUAUUUCCAGCUAAAGCAAAAAAUAAAGGUGUACGACCUGGUUUUGCAUUUGUGACAUUUCCUGAUGAUAAUUCAGCCGCUGCUGCUAUUAAACAUGGUCCAACAUUAACACUUAAAAAUACACAAUUAAAAGUUGCUUAUCAAACUAAACGAGCAACACCAACAGCUACUGAAUAA